CAUGAACGCGGUGCUGCAGUGCCUGAGCAGCACCAAACCCCUGCGGGACUAUUGCCUGCGCCGGGACUUCCAGCAGGAGCAGCCCCCCGGCCCCAGGGCCCCCCAGGAGCUCACAGAAGCCUUCGCCGACGUCAUCGCGGCGCUCUGGCACCCGGACUCCUCGGAGCCCGUCAACCCCGGGCGCUUCAAGGCCGUGUUCCAAAAAUACGUCCCCUCCUUCACGGGCUACAGCCAGCAGGACGCGCAGGAAUUCCUCAAGUUCUUCAUGGACCGGCUGCACGUGGAGAUCAACCGCAAGGGCCGGCGGACCCCCAGCAUCCUGUCGGACACACGGAGAGCCCCCGCCCUGGAGGACCCCGAAACGCUCAGCGACGACGAACGCGCCAACCAGAUGUGGAAGCGCUACCUGGAGAGGGAGGACAGCAAGGUCGUGGACCUCUUUGUGGGGCAGCUGAAGAGCUGCCUCAAGUGCCAGGCCUGCGGGUACCGCUCCACCACCUUCGAGGUCUUCUGUGACCUGUCGCUGCCCAUCCCAAAGAAAAGCUUUGCUGGGGGGAAGGUCUCUCUCCACGACUGCUUCAGCCUCUUCACCAAGGAGGAGGAGCUGGACUCGGAGAACGCCCCGGUGUGUGACAAGUGCCGGCAGCGCACGCGGAGCACCAAGAAGUUGACGAUCCAGCGCUUCCCCCGGAUCCUGGUGCUCCGUAUCCUUCGGGAAGCCGCGGGAUUUGGGGACGGGGAGGGGCACGGGGGGGAUCCACUCCUCCGUCCAGCUUUGCCUUGA